GGAUCCCUCUCUAAACCGAUAAACAGCCGGGUGACAGUGAUACGGCCGACAUGUAAGAGCUGGAUAACUAUUCGCGUGUGACCGACACCCAUCUGCAGCUGAUUACAAUAACAUGACAAAGGAUGAGCCAUCCAGGUGUGUAGACCCAUACUGAUCGGGGACAUGUUCUAAAGACAACAUCUUAGCCACCAUGAAAGGAUUAGGAGCCAACCGCAGUCGUCACCUGUCUGACUCAUGUGAACCAGCGGGGUGCCCACAGAAACCUCUCUGUCCUUUGACCUCUGACCCUCACAGCUCCUUUCUCUUGAGCCCCACCAUAAACCACUAUGGCACCCUCGAUCCUCAUCUCCACCAGUGCCCACCCACCAGCCCCACCACCUUGACCCCUGACUGCCUGCUGCCUUUCAACCAGAUGUCCAACAGCAGCACCUUCCCUCGUCUCCACUUCACCUCCCAGACUGAGCAGGUUGACUGCUCCCAGGGAUGUAUGGCUGGUGGUGGUGGAGUUGGACAGGGCAGCAGGGCAGGUACACUAUCCUCCUCCUUGUCUAUGGGUAUGGGUCUGGGUCUGGGCCUUAGCGGUGCUCCUAUGAUCACAAGUGGAUCAGCCACCAUCUCCUCUGCAGCAGCAGCCAAGAUGAAUCGGUUACCUUCCAACCUUUUGGAUCAGCUAGAGAGGCACCUGCCCCUGCAGCGUGAUGGCUUCAGCACACUGCAGUUCCACAGAGGACGUAUGUCUAAGCAACGCAGUGAGAGUCCAGGACGGAUACGCCACCUGAUGCACUCUGUGCAGAAGCUCUUUGCCAAAUCCCAAUCCCUGGAAAACUCUGCAAUCAAAGGCAGCAUUAACGGACGCUCUGCUGGAGGUAUGACUGGCACCACAGGGGCUGGUGAGGAUGGUGGUAGACCAAGCCGCAGGAGCAAGAGUAAAGACAGGGCUAAGACUGAGGGGCCAAAGCAGAGACUUAGGCCCAAUGCACUAGGCCUCUGGAGCUCAGAUGAUGCCCUGGACACUGACACUACCAAAGCUGGGACUAUUGCUGUAGGUUACCGCAACCCACUGAGCAUGAUGACUCUUGGAAGAGCGGUGUCAGACAGCCAGGCCGCUCCCAGACACAUCCCACAGGGCUACAACACCAUUUCUGCACAUUCUCUCAAAACCUCGAAAAGCAGCAGUGACCUCAAGUUCCUGGCAUGCCCAGCGACACAGGUAGGACCCAAGGAAGAGGAGGGGAGAACAAGGAGCAAGGAUGAUACAUUAGUGAAGAGGGGCUCCUGGUCCACUCUCACCCUCAGCCAGGCCAGGCAAGUGUUGCAGAAGAGCUCUGCUACAGUUAACAGGACCCUGCUAAAAUCAAAGUCAUGCCACCAAGACCUGGCACACCAGUUCCUGCAGGUAGGAGGGCCAGUCCCGCUGGGGGACUGGGCAGGUACUUUGGGUCGGGGCCGGCCCAGAGGAACUGAGAUCCCCUGUCGAAGAAUGCGCAGUGGCAGCUAUGUGAAAGCUAUGGGAGAUCUAGAGGACAGUGAGGACUCAGAGGGAAGCCCCAAACCGUCCCCCAAAUCUGCUGCCCGUCGCCAGAGCUACUUGAAGGCCACCCAGCACUCCCUGAGUGAGCAGCAGCCACCACCACCUCCACGCAAGCCUCGUUGCUACGCUCUCAUGCGGGAGGAUUUUCUGUGGUCUCCACUACAGAGUGCAUGCUCUAUGCAGCAUCUGAGCUCCCUGCCAUCCUUGAAAGAGCUGUCCACCAAUCGGAGCCUUGAUAACUUAGACUGCCUGGUGAGCCCAUUGGAAGUCCCGCCACGCCACAGGAACAUCGAUUACGGCCAAUGCUCUGGCACACUGGGCAGAGGCUCGGGCACUCAGCGUGUGAGUCUGCACACGUUCUUUCAGGUAUGCGGGCAGGGUUUCGGGCACUCAGUACCGUACUGUGAGGGGGAAUCGCAGGCAGUGGAGGCUCUGGAUCUUCCUGCGCCUACGUGCUUCCGGUCACGCAGCCACAGCUACCUGCGGGCCAUCCAGGCAGGCUGCUCCCAGGAUGAAGAUACAGCCUCUGUUGACUCAGACUCACCACCGCCCACCACCACAGGCUACAGCUAUAGCUCCACCACCAUCAGCAAUAGGAAGGCUCCUCCUCCAGUCCCACCCCGCACCACCUCCAAACCCCUUAUCUCAGUGACGUUGCAGAGCAGCACAGAGUCAGCCCAAGACAUAUACCUUGACCAGCAGGACCACGGCAGUGAAGCCAACAGCCAAUCAGGGCGAAGCAAUUCUUCUGACAGUCUCUGUAGCAUCCGCACGGGCAGCCUGGCUAAGAGGCACCAACCUCCAGCCGCUGUCCCCACUGCAACCCCCACAACCACUGCAGGCUCCGUACCCCCUGUUCCAGCCCCUCGUGACCUCCCUCUCACCACCACUGCCGCCGCCGCCGCUCCCGCCACCACUCCUGCAACCACCACCACCACUUCCACAUCUACCCAGCCCCAAAAUGACACCCUGAGCAUUAGUAUCACCCUAGAGCAGCCCCCGACUGCACCGAAGAGGAAACUGUCCUCUAUUGGAAUUCAGGUGGAUUGUCUUCAGCCAAUCCCAAGAGAGGAACCACUACACCUGGCUGCACCCCUAAAAUUCCAGUCAAUCGGAGUUCAAGUGGAGAACGGCAGGCCUCUAAGCCGGGACAGCAGCAUGGCCUCCAGACAAAAUACAGAGACUGAGCCUCAGGAGCCCGAGGAUGCCGCACCCACACAAAACAACACAACCAACUGCACCAACAGUCAAGCAGUGAACACCACCGCGCCCAACGGACAGGACAAAGCCAUGGAACAGAAGCCCCUUAAACACACCUCAACCCCAUCCAGGAUAUCCACCUUGCCCCCCGAGACUCUGGACCCGGCUUUAGACCCCUCCUCGCUGCCUCCGCCAGACCCCAGCCUGGAGACCGGAAACUGCAGCACCCACGGAGAUGCUGUCCAGUCCAGCACGCCAGCUUGCCUCCGAGAUGGUAACUGGUUUCUAAAGCUGCUGCAGGCGGAAACAGGCCGCAUGGAGGGCUGGUGUCAACAGAUGGAGCAGGAGACCAAAGACAACAAGCUCUCAGAGGAGGUGUUGGGGACGAUCCGCAGUGCAGUAGGCAGCGCUCAGCUCCUCAUGUCUCAGAAGUUCGAGCAGUUCAGAGGGCUCUGUAAUGAGAACCUGAACAUAAAUGCCAACCCGCGACCAACAGCGCAAGACCUCGCAGGGUUCUGGGAUCUGCUACAACUCUCAAUAGAAGACAUCAGCAUGAAGUUUGAUGAGCUCUACCAACUUAAAGCCAACAACUGGCAACUUCUUGAGAAACCAGAGAAGAAGGAUGAAAACAAGCAGCUUCCAUCAUCUGUGCCAAAGAAGCAGUCUAAGCCCAAGCUGUCAGCGGGGAAGGACAGGAGCGUGGACUCAGCUGUGGAUAAGCAGCGACAAGAAGCCAGAAAGCGGUUGAUGGCAGCAAAGCGCGCGGCAUCAGUACGACAGAACUCUGCCACGGAAAGCGCCGACAGCAUCGAAAUCUACGUCCCCGAGGCCCAGACUCGCCUCUGAGAGCGAACCAGCACCGAUCAUCGAGGAAAAUCCUGACUCACUUCAGACAUUCAUUGACACAAAACACACAGACAGAUCUGAAAAACGAACACACAGAAGUACAACGGAUGCGUUAGAUGCCGAUCCCUCCAUAGCAGCACAGUUGACGACAGGAGAAACGCGGGGAUCACAAAGGCAUCGAACCCAAUCCAGAAUAAUGCAGAUCAUCACCCUGCUGCCAUGGGACAGAAAUAACCUUGACAGAUGUUUAAUACUAUUGUUAUUAUUGUUAUUAUUGACAUUAUAAUAAUUAUUAUCUCCUAAAGUAUAUCAAGACUGUCUUAAAUGUGCAAGUAUCUUGGAUAAGGACAUCCUGUACCUUGUGAGCUGAAGAAUCUUGGUAUCCCAGAAGUUUACUCUCUUAACUCCUUUCACUGCUGAGUCUACCGGCAAGUUGUGGCUGCCUGGUUUACGAGCUGAGCUACCAUCCACACACACUCAGGAUACACAUGCAGGUGUGCUCACUGUCCACAGAGUCUUCCUGUUCUCUAUUUGUAUUAGGCUGCCACUCAUUGGGGUGUGGUGUGUACGCUUAACUGUGUAAGAAUUAUAUGAUGGCGUUAAUGUACUCAGAGGUUUAAAAAUGCAGAGAACCAGAGGAAGGCAGUAGCAUAUAUAUUAUGAAUAUCACACUAUUACAAUGUUCAUUUUGUAAAUGUUGUAUACCAGAUUAUUUGUUAGAAAGAGGUCAGUGUUCAGUACCAAGGUAGUUUUUUAUAGAUCGAGUACAUGUACUGUCAUGAUAUAUUAGCACUUGAUGCAAUCAUUCACUCCACCUCUCUCUAUUUUCUCUCCUUUUCACAAACGCACACUAACACAGUCUGUGUCUGUGAAUACCCAUUGUUAAAGUCUUACAAUUGUUUUGUUUUGUUUUUUCUUUGUGAAGGGAUGUGAGGAUUGACUGCCCAGUCAGUGAGUUACAGAGGAAUGUAUGAAAUGUAUGCAUUUACAUUUUUUUUGACUUGAUCACUGCACUUUCCAUUCACCUCAGAUCAUGUUCGCCCACCUUUUGUUUGCCUAAUCAUUCUGACUUUCACUGCAUCCUUACGUGAUGUAGGGGACCAAGACAUUCACCACUCGAUAUGGCAUUCCCAUUCAACCAGACUACAUGUGAUAGGGUGGGGGUUUACCCGCUACUGGAAAGGAAAUGAUAUAGCAAUAAUAAAAUGUACUUGUAUCAGAGCAAGCAGUGCAGUAGGUACCCAGUCUUAAAUUAUUUAAACAUUUCCAGAUUUUCUUAGCAUGAAGGAUGAAUGUUUAUUUCUUUGUCUUUGAAAUGACUAAAAUCUCAGGUUGAACACUCAAACUCAACAGUAAAAAGAACCACUAUGGAUGGAUUAUUUAUUAUAUAACCACAAAUGAAUUGGCCAAACGCUCGUAGCCAUUGCCAAAAUGUAUUUCAACAUCAGAGCUACUUAGGUGUUCCUCCAUGAGAAGAAAUUAGUCGGCGCUAAGAUUUGGUGCAGUACAGGCUUCAGUUCUCCUUCACUCCCCUUUCUAGCAGCUUGUACUCCCACCCGUUUGUCGAGAAUGAAGAACUGUGGUACAUUUUUUUUUUUUUUUUAAAUUUUAAUGUCAUUUGACACUUUUUGUGACUUUCAUCCGUAAUGAGGUCAACUUCAACAUGUCGACUUCUGUAAUUAUAAUAAUUAAUGGUGCUGCGAGGGAUUUCAUAUUGUGCCAAAACGGCAACAAUCAUCAACAUUUCAGUGUCAUUUGAUAAAGCUUUUAUUUAAAGUGAUUUUUUUUUUUUUUUUUUUUUAAUUUAAUCUGCUCAUAAUUUCAGCUAUCUGUGUGCGCAUUCUCAGCGAAGUUUGUGUUUUGCAUCAGCUCACUCCAGACACGCUAAGCCUCGUCUCUUGUCUAAACUCAUGUCACUGAAACACAAGUGCCAAGGGUUCAUGAGUGGAGCUGGGGCAUAGCAGAUACUCAUGCACAAGUGUAGGUUGACUCACUAGUUGUUUUUUUUUUGUUUUGUUUUAGUAAGAGCUGGCUCUCCCCCUACUGGUCAGUCCUUGCGUGACACUCCAGACAUCUUGUUCUGCUCCAUUUUGAAUCUUUUAGUUUCAUGUCAAACAAGAAAAUGAAGUUGAACUGGGAAUGCUGACACAACACUGAGUUGUUGAUUUUUCUUAUUCUCUUAAUUUGUAUUACAUCAACAAUGGACAUGUGCAUUUCAUUGUCCAAAGAAAUCAUUAAACAUCCCUUUGCUACA